UCUCUUUUCGUUUUCCCUUCUCGUAAGUUAAAUUGUUCGAAUCUCAUUAAUAUUCACCUUCUAAUCGCAAAGAGUUUUGAUCUAUUUUCGAGUCCACUUAAUAUACCAGAUUAUCAACUAAUCUCUUCAUUUUUUUCUCAUCAUCUCCAAGUCUAUUCUCUUUCUCUCUCCCAUUAUCAUUUCUUUUUCGAACCGAAGUCUUUAGUAUAACGUAAAUGGUUGAAGUUCAAUUACUAUACAAUAAUCAAUUUAAACAGUUAACCCGAAAUUUAUACUCAUCAAAAAGACGUAAAAAAUGGAUUCUUGUUAUUAUCGGUCUACUCUUUUGCCUCAGUUUUACGUAUUUUUUUAUCAAUUUAUUUUCUCGUUCAAUCCAAGUCUCACCUGCUUUUUCAACUAUCAUUUAUCCUCUGUCACCACCGAUUAUCCUAAUAUGGACCGUUACCUUUAACUGUGGUUCAUGGAACGAAUCAACCAAUUUACCUUUAGACUGUGAUUGUAUUGUCACUCGAAAUCGAAGUCUCUUACCUCAAGCGAAAGUUGUGCUUUUCUAUUGGAGGAAUACUGAUCUCUCAGAUUUGCCUAAAUAUAAAUUUGAAGGUCAAACGUGGAUCUGGCAUCAUAUGGAAUCUCCAAUACACACACAUAGACGAUCUGAAUUAACCGCGUUCUCUAAUUACGUUGAUUGUUGGUCCAGUUAUCGAACUGAUUCAGACUUUCCAACACCAUAUGGAUUUAUUUUACCAAAUAAUGAAUCUCAUAAAUCUGAAAAAUCGAACCAAGUUAAUGCUCCUAAUGCUUUCUUUGUAAAUAAAAGUCGUAAUGUGGCCUGGAUGGUUUCUAAUUGUGGAGCCCCAUCGGGAAGAGAUGAAUAUGUCAAAGAGUUAGCUCGUUACAUCGAUGUUGACAUUUAUGGUGAUUGUGGUCCAUUCAAAUGUCCACGUUCCGAGGGAUCACAUUGUUACGAAUAUUUUGAGAAAAAGUAUCGAUACUACUUGUCUUUCGAGAAUUCAAUCUGUACCGAUUAUUAUACCGAGAAGAUAAUCAAUCUUCUUAAUUACACAAUCAUUCCGAUUGUUCUUGGUGGAGCCAAUUAUUCAUCAGUUUUACCAAAUCAUUCGUAUAUCGAUGCUCUUUCAUUUAAAUCACCUCGAUACUUGGCAAUGUUAUUACGAAGUCUAUCUGCCGAUGAGAAAAGAUACAAUUCCUAUUUUGAGUGGAAAUCUCGCUUCACGAUUAACAAUAACGAUUAUCGAACACUUUUUUGCCAAAUAUGCUCCAGAUUGAAACAAUCAACCCAAAGUGGAUUUUCAUUUUCAUCAUCAACCAAAGAUCACCAUCAAUUAAGACGAUCAAAUGUAUUAUGUAACCAUCCAGAUAAAGAUUUGUUUAGUUGGUGGUAUAAUGAAACCUCAUGUAAAUCAUGGACUCCAAUAAAUCAAUUCAAGUUCUGGUCAUAGUCAUGCGAUUGAACUUGAAUUCACAAGGAAAAAGUCAUAGAAACGACUUUCAGAAAACAAUCAAGAUCUAAAUUAUUUCUAGUUAAUUGAUCAUAACCACCAUCAUGGCUUUUGUUUGUAAUUAAUCUCAAUUAUAAUUACAAAUUAUAAGUACCAAAUUGAUUUAUUCCAACCUUCAGCACUAAACUGAACUCAUGGUUGACAUCGAGGAAUCCAAAUUAAUCGAUUCCGGCAAUCGUCUAAAAAUAGAUGGUCAAGUGAACAAGGAAAAAGAAAAAACAAAUAAAAUAGUUCCAAAGAUUCACCUGAGCUCACAUACAGUCCUCUCCAAAAGUUUAAAGACAAUAAUCAGUUGAUUAUAACUCGACUUCUAGUUCAGAUAAAUUCAAAAUUUCUAA